AAAACCCAAGCUUGCGCUCCAGUCUUCACAGUGGUGAGCAAGCUGCAGCGGUCUGUCUCUGACGGUCUUGACUAUCCCGCAUACCACUGGAAGCUAUGGCCAGCAAGGGUUUUAAGGACCUGAAGCAGCAGGCGGAAGGGACCGCCCAGGACGCAGUGACAGCCGCCGGUGCAGCAGGGCAGCAUGUGCUGAAUCAGGCCACAGAGGCUGGACAGAAAGCCAUGGACAAUCUCGGCAAGUCUACCCAGGAAGCCAUCGACAAAGCUGCUAACCAGGCCUCUGACAGCGUCUCUGGUCUAGGGAAGAAAUUUGGCCUUCAGAAAUGACUGAAGACAUGGGCACUUCCCUCCAGGUCCUGUUCAGCAGAAGUGGUCCCUAAGCUCUGUUCAGCAGCUACCUCCUUGGUCUGCCCUUCAUUAAAGCUCAUAUGAUUCUA